AUGUCGAAUCAUAUUAGAGAAGCUCAAGCAUGGAAGGAAAGAUGCGUUCACGAGGAUAAGGCUGCUCUCAGUUUUAUUAAUUCUUAUGUUUUGGCAAGAGAAAUGAAUAAUUCUAAGGCUCCUUCAAAUGUUCCUCCAGGAUUUAAAUCCCAAGGACUUCCACAUUUGUUAUCCCCUGUAGAUAGAAAAAAGAAUGGUGGUGACUUCUCUCAGCGAUCCCAACAAGAUGAAGAUGAAAUGUUCUCCACUAGAUCUUCGGUAAAGUCCUAUAAAUCGAAUAAUUCAAUCAAUUCUCAACGCUCCAAUUUGUCCAAUAGGUCCAACAGGAGUGCAUUAGAUGAAGAGAGUAAGAAAAAAAUAGAAAUGCUUGAAAAGAGUUUAGACGAAGAAAGAAAAGGAAGACUGGAAGUACAACAAGAAUUACAAAAUUUAAAACAAUUAAUCAAAGAAAAUUUAAAGAAGUAG